UUAAAUUGAAACGCAACCACAAAUGUAGAAUUUUUCACUUGUUAAAAAUAUUGGAUUUUGGAUAUUAUCAUUUAGAAACUCAUUUAUCCUUUUAGUUAAUAAUUUCCACCACCACAAAACUCAUAGAAGCUCUGUCCCCAACCAAUCCCAUGGCUCUGAAGCACUACCUAACUUCAAAACAUUGCGUGCCAGCUUUUUCAAGCUUUCUGUUAGCAUGUUUGCUUGCCUUUUCACUUCAAAUCUUCUUCUUCUCCCCAUUCUCGCCAGACUCACUUGAACUGCCUUUACUGUCUUCUGCUUUCUUUCCACCAAACAACAAAUUACAGGAAGUGAUUAAACUUGGAGAAGGAUUUCUGAAUAAUCCUGAAGAUGUUUGUGUGGAUACAGAAGGUAUACUCUACACAGCUACCAGAGAUAGUUGGAUCAAAAGGUUGCACCGAAAUGGCUCGUGGGAGAACUGGAAGAAGUUAAAUGCUCAUAAUUUACUUGGAAUCACAAUGACAAAGGAAGGUGAUCUUGUUGUCUGUGACGCAGAUGAGGGUUUGCUUAAGGUUGGUGAAAAUAUGGUCUCGGUUGUAACUUCACAUGUCAAUGGGACCAGAAUAAGAUUUGCAGAUGAUGUGAUCGAAGCAUCAGACGGUAGUCUUUAUUUCAGUGUUGCAAGCACCAAAUAUGAACUCCAUAAUUGGUAUCUAGACGUGCUUGAGGCAAAACCUCAUGGACAGUUGCUGAAGUACGAUCCGUCAUCCGGCGAGACUUCAAUUAUACUUGAUGAUCUAUGCUUUGCUAAUGGUGUUGCUCUCUCUCAGGACCAACAAUAUCUGGUGGUCUGUGAAACGUGGAAAUUCAGGUGUUUGAAGUAUUGGCUUGAGGGAGAGAACAAAGGGAAAACAGAGAUCUUUGUCGACAACCUUCCCGGUGGACCUGAUAAUAUCAAUCUUGCUCCAGAUGGGUCUUUCUGGAUCGCUCUACUUGAGCUAACUAAUGGAUUGGAGUUUAUACAUACCUCCAAGGCUUCCAAGAUAUUCUUAGCAGCAUUUCCAAAAUUGAUUGAGCGAGUUAAUGGUGUAUAUACAAAAGCAAUGGUAGUGAAUGUGGCAGCUGAUGGAAAAAUAACCAAGAAAUUUGACGAUUCUAAUGGAAAGGUGUUAUCCUUCGUUACAUCAGCAAUAGAGUUUGAGGAUCAUCUUUACUUGGGAAGCCUCAACUCCAAUUUCAUUGGGAAGUUACCUUUGAAAAGUUCUUAGCACUGGAUGCUGAUUUAUUUAGAAUAAAUAGGAGCACGAACGAAGUACAAAAUAAUGGUGUUUUCCUGAGCAUGGAAUCAAUAAAGUUGACGUUCAAGAUAAUAGUAUUUAUUUGCUUUUA